AUGAUUAUGCUGGUUAUCGAUUUGAAACUAAUCCCGGGACCGCCGUUUUUCUUUGGAUCAUUGAUGGUAUUACUUGCAUUAUUUGUAAACUCAUCAUUGCCGAAGGUGCCAUCCACAAAUACGCGUUUUUUUCGUCGUCCAAGUGCUGCACUUAGUCGACAGCCAUCCGAAGAUACUGCUCGUUUAAUUCCAAGUUCAUAG